AGAAAUAGGGCGUAGUGGAGACUCAAUCAUUCAUUCGCAGAGAAAAGUCUCCGCUCUUAAAGACGUGGGUGAAUAAUAUACUAACUUGAGAGCAGCUGAACGGGGGGGAUAAAAGAGAAAAGGGCGUUUUUGAGUUGCUCCGACAUACGAGCGCGUCAGUGCCAAUGUAUACAGACAGUUGGCUCUGCGUAAAACCCGUAGACGGCACAGAUAACGCUGAAAUUGACUUUGGCACGACUAGUUUGUGAGCCUUUAACACUUUUGUAGCCGCUAGACCGCUCACAACUGCAUGUGGGCAACUUAGCUCUGUCGCUCUCACAAACAGGAAACCCCGAAACACACAACAACGGCAGCAGCAGCAGCAGCAGCCUGUUAUAGAGGACGACAUGGCUAAAUUAUUCAGAGCUGCUAUCAUGGGUCCACCAGGAUCAGGGAAAGGAACCAUAUCCAAGAGGAUUGCGCAAAGCUUUGGCUUGCUGUAUCUGUCUAGUGGUCACUAUCUACGAGAGAGCAUGGCAGCAAAAACAGAGGCAGGUGUGCUGGUAAAGUCCUAUGUGGAAAGAAGCAUGCUAGUGCCUGACCACGUGAUGACUGGACUGAUGCUGUCCAGACUGGAGCAAGUGAGCGGGCACAGCUGGCUGCUGGACGGUUUCCCUCGGACACUGUCACAGGCCCAGGCCUUGAACAACUUGUAUCAGCUGGACUUGGUCAUCAGCCUCAACAUACCGUACGAGACCCUGAGAGAGCGACUGAGCGACCGCUGGAUCCAUCCAGCGAGUGGCAGAGUCUACAACUUGGGCUUCAACCCGCCACAAGCGCAGGGUAAGGACGACAUUACUGGCGAGCCGCUGAUCCAGCAUGACGACGACAAACCAGAAGCCCUGAUGGCCAGACUGAGACACUACAAGGACGUGGCCAAGCCUGUCAUAGACUUGUACAAGUCUCAGGGCGUCCUACACUCGUUUUCAGGAACAGACACAGACCGGAUUUGGCCUUACAUCAACUCUCUCCUCAGCACCAAGAUGCACACACAGCCGUCAGACACGUGCCACACUCACACACCCUGAUGGUACUCUGACGUACGAGAGAGGAGGGAAACAUCAAGUGGCCUUGAGAGGAAGUGGGUUGGUGUUUUCUAAAUGCUGGUCUCAGCGUCAGUUUUCAGCUCGUUCAUUAACGUUGGGGUUUUAGAGAAACGGACUUGAGCAAAAGCCAUAGGCAGCCGGUAUCUUUCUCAAUGAAUCACCUUUUUUGUUUGUGCUUUGUGAAAGAAAGGGCUGUCGACCAAAAAUAGAGCAGGUUGUUGUGAAUCACAUGUAAUCAUAGUGAGAUGUCAAGAUUCUUUAUAUCAAAAAAUAGACACUUUUUUAAAAGGCUAGUGGCUUUAUACACACAUUCAACUUUUUAUAUUGUAGUUGUUUAAACCUAAAUAUAAUUCAUGAUCAGAAAAUAUCUGUAUAAGGCUCAAUGCUAAAAGUGCUUGUAUGCCUCUUCUGGUCAUGCAGUUUCUGUCCUGCUCUUAUUUACUUUAAGAGUUUGACAUUCAAGAGGCCAACUAUUUGUACAAAAUUUGAUUCCCACACAUUGCUUUCACAAAAUCAAGCACAUAUUUAAAGUUACAGGAAACCAUUUCUUUUGUCCUUUGUCCUCCAAUUUCUUAACGCAGGGUGAAUCCUUUUGCGCGAAGCAAAUCCUGCGUGAAUAUGAACGUUCUUGUGAUUUGCUUCAGUCACUCGAGCGCAAAUUUGUGACCACGAGCAAAAGAUUUGCCUGAGGUAAUAAAAAGUUAGCACUCUUUAUGCUUUGCAGUAAAAAAAAGGUCCUGGGUUCGUGACCCACUCUGUUUCUGCAUGGAGUUUAUAUGUUCUCCUCGUGUGUGCGUGUGGGUUUUCUCUGGGUUCCCCGGUUUCCUCCCACAGUCCAAAAACAUGCAGAUUUGAUCAGAUUUAAAUUGACCGUAGGUGUGUGAGAGUGAAUGGUUGUCUGUCUCUAUAUGUGGCCCUGUGAUGGACUGGCGACCUGUCCAGGGUUUUCCCCCGCCUGUCACCCUAUGUCAGCUGAAAUUGGCACCAGUCACCCCCAUGUGGAGGAUAAAGCGGUAGAAGAUGAGUGAGGGAAUGUCACAAAAGCCAACUGGCAUCGAGAGAUUCUUUCAACAUCCAGGUGGUUUAUCAGAAAUGAUAGGUGGUGUGUUGGUGUUUAUGUGCACACUGAGUGAGCGAAGGAGUGGGUGUGAGCAGAAAGUGAGUGAGGAAAUGAGUCUCCCUAUUAACGUCUGAAAAUAUAUGUAUGUGUUUGAUUAUAGCUGUUGGGUGCACUGUUGCUGGUAGUGUAGCGCCUAAGUCUUAUACUGUGGCGCUACUGGCUGCUGAUUGUUUGUUUUUACAUGCGUUCAGUUAUAAAUCACGACCAGGUUCUUCCUUGGUGUCUGAAACGAUAUCAGCGAUUUAUUUUCUUCCAGUGUCCGCUUAUUUCCCAUUUCCAAUAAGCAAAUCAAAAACGAAACAUUAACCGAGCACAGUAGAAAACUGUUUGCCUCUCAAUCAUCAACAUCUGAGUAAAUUGACAGGCAUGACCCUGGACCGCUGUCAGCCUCAAGUCUGAAUUCUGAGAUUAAAGUCUGAAUUCUGAGAUUAAAGUCUGAAUUCUGAGAUUAAAGUCUGUAAUACUCUUUCAUACAAAUCAGCUCAUUCACUGAAUAUUUUUUACCAAAUUUGAACAAAAAUAAAAUGGAACGCACGUACAGAUAACCCCAAAAAUACCACGCCUCCAGCCAAAGGCAAAGAUUUAUCAAGAGUGCAUCAUUUUGUGUAUAUAGUUGUUACGUCUAUGAUUUUCUGAAACUGAUGAAGUGUAGUUUUUACUGAGUAGAAUACGCACAACAAAAUUUAUUUUCAGUCUAAACGUAGCUUUUAAGUUUCAGACUUGUUCAUUUACUGACACCGCUGUAUUUGUGCUGAUACAUAAAACCAAAAUCAACCUGCUUUUUCCUUUUCAUUCAUUUUAUUUCUAUCUUAAACUGUUACAUAUGUAAAUGCAGCCAUGCAGCUCUACUUCAUUUGUCCACCAGUUGUUCUUUGCUGUCGUGCUGAAGCGCUGCAGAAUUACGUAGUAGUCUCUUCAGUGUUGUUACAUUCCUUUAUUAAAUGCACCAAAAUGUUUGCCUUGAGAUUCAUGUUGUUUUUAGAAUGUAAAAAAAGAGAGAAACUGUGGAUGAGGAAGUGAUUCAUCACUAAUUUUACAAUUUAAAAAACUUAUGGAGGUGAAGCUCUCAUUGAUAUAAGUGUCUUAAAUGUAUGAAUGAUUAUAUUAAAAACAACUUUAUGAAAGAAAAACAGUUUUCCUGUAUUUGUGCAAAGUGAUGGUUUUAUCAUUGUUCAAAUGUAUGCUGCUGAUUUUAAAACUUUCUUUUCAACUACUUUUUUCACUUAAUUUUAAAGCUUUGUGCUCACUAAGAGAAAAAUAUUGUGAUAUUUGUCAACCAUGCAUAAAAUGUUUAAUGUUUCUAUCCCUUUUUACUGGUAUCAAAGUAUUUUGAAUGAUUGUUUUGUUCUCAUGAUACAUGGUCCAAGGAUUGUGGGUUGUUUGUAUGUACAGUUGACACGACUGAAGUAGGAAGAAGAAGACUACUGUCGACUGACUGUCGAUUCAUUUGUUGGAGAGAAAGGAAUACUGACCACACCCCACUGCUGUUGUGCAACAACACUAGGGGUUUUUCCUUCUUCUUCCCUAUUUUUAUACCAUGCUUUUGGAACAUGUCACAGUCCAAAAACAAUAAAACUAUUUUCUCCUUG